AUGAAUAUGUCAGAAGCCAAAAGAGUGACUGAGUUCAUACUCCUGACUUUUCCCUGCUCCAGAGAUGUUCAGAUCCUCCUCUUCCUGCUGUUCUCUGUGUCCUACAUCCUGACCCUGAUGGGAAAUGGGGCCAUCGUGUGUGCGGUGAAGGUGGACCACAGGCUACAUACCCCUAUGUACCUCCUAUUGGCCAACUUCUCAUUCCUCGAGAUCUGUUACAUCAACUCCACCAUUCCCAACAUGCUGACAAACUUCCUUUCUGAGUCCAAAGCCAUCUCUUUUACAGCCUGCUUCCUCCAGUUUUACUUCUUCUUCUCCUUGGGCACUGCUGAGACUUUCCUACUCCCCCUUAUGGCUUUUGACCGAUACUUGGCCAUCUGCCAGCCUCUCCACUACCCUACCAUCAUGAACAAUCGUCUCUGCAUAAACUUGGUUGUCCUCUGCUGGGUGACAGCCUUCCUCUGUUAUCCAGUCCCCAUCUACUUUAUCACACAGCUCCCUUUUUGUGGCCCAAACACGAUUGACCACUUUGUCUGCGACCCCGGUCCUCUUUUGGCUUUGUCCUGCAUCCCCGCACCUGGAAUUGAGCUUUCUUGUUCUUUGCUGAGCUCAUUUAUUAUUUUCAUCACCUUCUUUUUCAUCCUUGCAUCCUACACACUGGUUCUCAGAGCAGUGUUUCAUGUGCCAUCAGGAGCUGGCAGACGUAAAGCCUUCUCCACCUGUGGUUCCCACCUAGUUGUGGUGUCUCUGUUUUACGGAGCCAUCAUGAUGAUGUACAUCAGGCCAAACUCUGGAAAUCCAGCGGGGACACAGAAGAUUGUAACCUUCGUCUAUUCCUCAGUGACCCCACUCGUAAACCCACUGAUUUACAGUCUCCGGAACAAGGACAUGAAGGCAGCCUUGAGAAAAAUUCAGAAAUGCACAAAAAUUAGUCAAGAUUAA